UUUGGAAGCCAUCUAACUGUGCAUUUUAAUUAUUUUAUACAUUUUACUUUGUCAUUGGGUCAAUUGAAAAAAGUCUGGUUCUUUACAAACAUAAAAGUAAAAUAUAUUAUUUUUUGUUAUAAGUUCAAAAACAGUAGAAGGGUUAAAAACAAAAAACUUUUUAAACAAACAACGAUAAAUCAAAUUAAUUUUAAUUUGUAUAAAAUUUUCAAUUUAAAUACAAAAAUGAGUUUUUGUUGUUAUUUAUUAUCAAUACAACACAAUUCAACAAUCAAAAAAAUAUAA